AUGAAUUCAAAUGGAAAAAAAUUUAAAAUACAACCAAUUAAAUAGAUUAGAGAGUUUUACUAAAGAGUCAAUUAUGUUUGCUUUUCUCCUGAUUGUUCUUCAAUAGAAACUAACAAUGUUGAUAACUUUAUCCUUUAAUUGGAUGUUAAACCAGGAGAAUAAAAAGCCAAAUUAUUUAUUCGAUAUGCUUUUCACCUAAUGCUAUUAAAUUAGCAUUUAUAAUCGAGGAUGGCUAUGUAUCAGAAAGGAUAACAAAUGUUUAAAUUAGAUGGACCUAAUCGAAUUGCCAACUCAAUAUACUUCUCUCCUGAUGGCACUAUAUUAGCAUCUAGUAGUAAGGAUAAAUCUAAAUAAUUGCUGGAUGUUAAGACAAGAGAAGUAUACAGGGUUGACAAAACUAUUAUAUCAAUCUAACUUAAACUUUUGUUCUCAAUUGAUUGCCUCCUUAUUACACCUCACCUGAUAGUAGAGAUAACUCUAUCAGUAUAUGUACCUAGUUGA